CACGGUUGCUUGCUGGCUCAGAAAGUUUAAAAUACGUCUUGGAAAUCAAUGAUUGGCAAAAGCAAUGAAAGUUUGGUGUAAUAAUUUACGAGAUUUUUCUGCAAAAUCUUUCCGUUUACAUUUCAAACAUUUGUGGACUCACAAAAGAUUGAUGUCCAAGAAUAUCGACACCACACACUUGGAGAGAACUUUGGAUAAACCUAGAGACUCAGUUACAGCUGUCGGACGCAUCGUCGAAAAGGUCCAACUCUCAAAAACCGUCACUGCUUUAAGCAUUCACGUUCCAAACAUCGAAUUCAAAUUCAAGUCCGGACAAUGGGUCGACUUUUUCAUACCCGGAAUAGAGACCGUCGGCGGAUUUUCCAUAACAUCUAGUCCAAGCAAACUUCAAAAACAUCGAGUGAUUGAUUUAGCUGUGAAAAAGAGCAAUCAUCCGCCCGCCGACUGGGUGUGUACCAAGAGCAACGUUGGAGAUGAAGUUUCCAUGAAAGUUGGUGGUGAUUUUCUCUUCGAUGCUUCGCACAUGCAAAGUUUCAACGAUUUGCUCUUCAUUGCUGGUGGCGUGGGAAUAAAUCCACUGUAUUCCAUCAUCCAAGAGAUCAACGAGAGCUUACGUGACGGAGUGCUUGAAGAUCGUGUAAACGUUCAACUGCUGUAUUCAUCUUCUACUUUUGACGAAUUGAUAUUUAGGGAAGAACUGAUGGCGAUUGUUGCCGCCAGAAAAAAUAUUAAUUGUCGGUUUUUUGUUACAAACCCUCACCUUGAUAUUGACGCCAAUGAUCGCAAGUAUAAAGCUCAUCUUGGAAGGAUUACUGAUUCGAUUUUGACAGAAACUGCUAGAAAGUACCCCGUGGAUAAUACCCUUUUUUAUGUUUGUGGGCCGGCGCCCAUGAUCAAUUUCGUGGUCAAGUGCUUAAUGAAUGCUGGAUUUAAGGAUUCAAAUAUCAUGAGAGAGCAAUGGUGGUAAAAAUGGCGUCAACAAUUGAAGAAUUAGGACGAUGAAACCCUUGCACGUCGUAAGAAUUCGUUGCUUACGAAGACAGCGUGCGUGUUCAAAAGGAAUUAACACAAUUAUGAUAUGAAAGUGAACUCCCUACGGACUUACCAAUAUUUUCAUGUUAUUGCAUGAGUGGUUUAGAGUGCAACUUUGCAUCUGCUAUUCGCAAUGAUGAAUACAUAAGUAUUGCUUUUAAUGUUUGUCGACGUAGUAGUUCUUGCGGCUUAAUUAAUCAUUAAUCGAUGAACCACAUUGUGCGAUGCGAUCGCUGUAAAUACCUAUAUAUAUUUAAGCUGAUGAUAGCUUUUCGUUCGUUGAUGUUAUUUGACCGCCUGGUAGCGAGAAUUACUCGUCAUCGUUGAAAACGUAGGAGCACGAGCACAUCAUGAACGUCGUCACUUUGUGGAUCAACAAUUGACCAACAACUGCGCUCCGCAAUAUAUUCCCCUCUGAGAUACACGAGUGUUUUGAAAGAUUAACAUAAAAGCUUGAAUCUUGCGAGGACUCGUUUAUUUACACGAGGGAAAGACGUACCGCCUGAGCAUCGAGAAAAACGUUGGGUAAUAUUCAAAAAAAGGCGUGAAUUUACGACCUAGAAACGUAUGUGUUAAACAGAAGGAUUUUAAUUGAAGAGGGAUUUGCAUCAUGAGCGAACCGACAUCGGAGAAUGAAAAAGGUGUUAAAUUUAAAAUGAAGGAGGCAAAGCCUUCUAUAUCACUCACAAUUGACGACGAACAGUCGUACAAUGGGCUCGAUCGUUCGACGUAAGUUUGAAGUGAUCGCCAUUUACGUAUUGUGUUUCAAUGUUAUGUAAAUGUUUUGCAUGUUCAAUUUCUUAUCAAGAUGCUUGUUAUUUAAAGUUGUUGUAUCGGAACACACGCAGCUUCUACUUAUUUCCAUCGUCGUUGUUUUCUUAUUCCUGUUCUGAUAAGUUUCGACUAUUUCAACUUUCCCAAGCAAGGACUGCUUACUUUUCCCAUUUCCUCGAUUUUAUAAAUGCCGUACGUAAUUUGAGCAAGCCAUCACUAACUGGCCGUAUAUUGCCAUUGAGCAAAUAACUAAAUUUGCAAGUAGUAUUCGCCGUUCGAGAGUGUGCAUCAAUAUUACUAUUUAAUUUUUGAAAGUCUCGCAUGCUUUCAAACAAAAAUCGUACUACAACAUCUUUAAGUUGGCCACGUUAUCAGUGAAGAAAUAGUACAGAGGAUUAGGAAGUACUUUCGAGAACUCUAAUGGGUGAAGAAAUACAAGAGAGAGGCUUUGUUUUGCGAGCCAAUAUAUGGCCAAUGCUAUUUAUCUGAGACUUAUAGCAUAUUCUGUAGUAUUCUUGAGGCCGUGAGUGCGACAUCUACCCUAUGAGAAAUUAACAUUGCUUAUAAUACCGUCACUAAUCAUCAUAUACUGUAAAUAACAAAACAUUAUACGUAGCUUAUAUUUUGCCUUCACUCAUCAUGCCCAUCUCAUAUGAAGAAUUACACUUUCCACAUUAUAGUAUACCAUGCAUAUAUACGACCGCAUCAGUGACCGCAUUGCGUUGACGAUAAUCUGCGGUACAUGUGUGGAAAUGUGCAAUAAGUAUUAGCUUGUGUUAGCAUAUAACCCGCAGCUUAUAUUCUUGUAACCUGACAAAAAUUGUCAACUUUGUAAACACGAUACUCAUAUAUAUGUUAAUUAUAUAAACCGUUGACGAGGUUGAACACCAGCUGUCCCUGGUCUCGCUAAGUCAAUAUGUCAUUAUA